AUGGCCAUGUUGUUCCAGUUCAUUUUCGGCUCUCCUGAACAUCUCAUUUGCAUCGAAAUCCGAAGACUUGAAUUUACCGACCCUGAUGGACAGAUUCUUCCACUCUUGGCCGUUGGAGACGCCGUCAUGUUUCCAAUUAAAGGACUUCAAGAGAACUUUCGUCAAAUCAAAGAUUUUCAGUUCAAAGAUGAUGACGUCAUCGUGACGACAUAUCCACGAUCAGGCACACACUUCAUCUGGGAAGUCGUCCACAUGCUUAAACGUGGCUCAGCAGAAUACAUCAACAGUGAAAAAGAAGCGGAAUAUCUGGAAAUGUUCUUCUGGAACGAUGUCGCCAACAAAUCAGACCGAGUUAUCAACAGCCAUUUAGUACCAGAGCUCCUUCCGGUUACUUACAAAAACCGGAAGUGCAAGUUCAUCCAUCUUUACCGAAAUCCCAAAGAUACUAUGGUGUCACUAUACAAUCACGCGAUCAAUUCUAAAAGUUACCUUGGAUAUGACGGGAAGUUUUCGGGAUUCUUCGAGUUGGCAAUGAAAGGUCAAGUUCAAGCUGGGAAUUGGAUGACAUUUGAACUCAAAUAUGAAGAGUUUUUCAAAAACAACCCCGAUAUUUGUGGCCUAAUGAUGAGCUAUGAAGAGCUCAAACUGGAUCCAAUUACCAGCAUAAAGAAGAUAUCCGAGUUUCUGGAACUUGACCGGGAUGACAGUUUGAUCUCCUCUAUCGCCGACGCAGUCUCCUUCAGUAAAAUGAAAGCCGGAAAGUUUGAACUCAAAUCCGAUAUUCUCAAAAACCGAGUUUCGAAUGAGCAUUACUCCAAGCUGUACAGAAAAGGCGUUGUAGGAGAUUGGAAGAACUGGUUUACUGUUGCCCAGAGCGAGAGAUUUAAUGAAGAAUACGAGCGUAGAAUGAAAGGCUCCACGCUGUUUAACGAGGACGUUCUGUUGGCGUAG